UAAUAUAUACAUAUUUAAUCUUAAUCAUUGUGUAAUGAUUUAGAUUAUUUCAACAAUAAUACAUAUAUCUCGAUGAAAGUGUAUUGCGUUGAGAUACAAUAUCUCUUUAUAUUGAUGCAAUAUAUGCAAAUUUUAGUAAAUAUAAAAAAUUCCAAUUCUGCAUAUAAUCGUCAUUAUAUAUUAAGAAAUUAUAAUAACGUAUUCUAUUUCUCCAAUUCUUUCAUUAUAAUUAUUUAUUUACAUAUAAAAUAUUAUUAAGCAAUGAUUUAUGUAUUACGUACGUCACAAAAUAUUAUUACUUGACUGCAAAAUAAAGAUAUUCUCAUCAAGUAAUGAUUUCUUAUUAAUUCACAGUCGUUGAUAACUAUCAUAGAUCGAUUAUAAUAAUAACUUGUAAUAUUUGAUUAAAUAAUACGGAAAUGAGAGAGAAAAAUUUGUAUUUUAUGGAAAUUAGUAUGGCUCACAAUGUACGAUCAUUUAUCCAUAUAACUUACAGGAUGGACAUAUCGACUUACCGGAAUCACCGGAAUUUGUUUCUUCAUCAACAUGGCCUCGCUAUUGUAAUUAGGAGACUAUACUAUAUAUCAAGGUCCUUCCGGUUAACGGAUAGAAAAUUAAAUUAAAAUAAAUUACAGAGGAAACAAUAAAUCCAAAGACGGUCAUUAUAAUAACGCUUGUGCUCGAUAUAAACCAAUCAUUAUAUCUUGAUGCAUCGUCUUGUUGUCGUAAGGUUUGCUUACGAUGCCUUGCUUCAAAACGUCGUCAAAUUUCGUUUCAAACUUUUUUGAACGGGGGUUAACAAGAUUAACGUCAUACAAUUUUAUUAUUCCUCGGUCAUUUCUCUGACCUCACCUUUAACCAGUAAGUUUGAUCUUCGAAUAACCAUAACACGUUCUUUCGCAAUGUUUUCGCAAAAUGCUCGGACGUUGAAAAUAAAAUAAAAAAAUAAAAAAUAAAAAAUAAAAAAUAAAAAAUAAAAAAAUAAUAAUAAAAGAAAUAAAAAGAAAUGUCUCCUUGUGCUAGAACGCACAUCAUUGUUUCUGUAUUUCGCAAAAUCAAAUAUUUUCGUCCGAUUGAUUUUACAAUCUUUCCACUUACAGCAAAUACAUAUACAUAUUUCAGAUAACGGAAAAACGAGUCGACUCUUCUUUAAUGAUUGCAGUCGUACGAUUGCUGGUAUAGCGAAGGUACGUGACGCAUUAUCAAGCAGGGGUUAUCGUGCCGAACGAUAAACACAUUGACCUAAGAAAUCUCCAGAAGAAAUGGAGAGGAUGGUAGAUCAUCGUGGUAAUGAGGCAGACGACCGAACGAUAAAAAAUCAACGAAAGGCACGUGACUGAAGAAAACGUCAUUGCGAAUUGAGGGAAAGAGAUCAUAGUUCUUUCUUUUUUUUCUCUCUCUCUCUCUAUCUCUCAAUAUAUAUACACACACACACACACAUGUAUAUAUAUAUAUAUAUAUGUAUGUAUGUAUGUAUGUAUGUAUGUAUGUAUGUAUGUAUGUAUGUAUGUAUGUAUGUAUGUAUACAGGGAAUCAUAUAAUGUGAAAAUUUAUCCUCCUAUAUGUAUUAAUUUAAACGAGUAUAUUUUUUAUAUGAUUUAUUUUUUUUCGAAGGUAUUUCACCUAAAAUAUGUUAAGGAGACAUAUUAUAUGGACUUCAAUAUGUACUUGUGUGUGUCCGUUUGUGUUUGUAUAAAUAAUCACAAUGCAUUUCUAUUUCAUGGCUAAGCUCUUUUGAAACUGUCGAAUAAAACACACAGACAAGUUAAAUCGAUAAUACUUUUUCUAAGGAAAUGGAUUAUCAGCAUUACGUUAAAUGCAGCAAACAGCUGCAGACGAGUGAAAGGGCAUACGAUAACAGAAGGAUUUCUAUGGAAUUGAUGGAAGAAGAGGAAUACGAAGAGGAGGAGGAAGAAGAUGAAAAAGAAGAAGAAGAAGAAGAAGAGAAGGAGAUGGUAUCGAAUCGUCAUGCGAAUCCAAAGAUUAAAACGGAGACGAGACUCGGUCUGUGCUCCGUUUGUCAUCUUAGCAUUGCCGAUAGAACUUCAAAUGAGACGAACGCUGCUUUCGAACAAGCUUCUUUUUCUUCCCAAGGACAUCUCUUGUGUCGUCGUUGCAUAGAACACUUUUCCUUUCAAUCAGGAGGGAACAAAGCGAUGACUUGUAAAGUUGAAGUACCCGAAUCGAUGAUCACCUCCUAUUCUAAUGAUUCUAAUGUGGAACAAAGCGAUGGCAGAUAUCAUCAGCAAUACAGUUAUUGUAAUAUAAUACAGAAGGGCGAACAAGAUCGAUGCAAUAACGAAUUUAAAUUUAAUGGACAGACUACGUGGGAAUACUCUCGUAGACCGAUACGCUGUCCUUGCAUCGAUUGCGACGUUAACAUUGCAUUUUCGGCACUUACGCAUCACUUCCUUUUUGAUCAUCCGGAAGUACCUAUUCUGAGCGUUGAAUCUGGUGUGAAAAGCACAUUGAUCGUUAGUUUCGAAGCACUCUCUUAUGAUACCAGUCGAUGUUUAGCACUUCUAUUGGUAUCUGGUAAAUUAUCAGAUUCUGCUUCAAGAGUAUUCAAUAGUAAUCAGAUCAAUCCUAAAUACCGAAAUCGUCUACCUCUUUCGCUAUUAGCUGCUCGCUUAAACUCCAUAAAUCAUUAUUCACCUUCUGACGAGGUUUAUACUUGUGGAGAAGGUCAAUACGAAAAGAAUAUAAUAAUCGUCUGGGUCGCGGGAUUGGAUAUCGGAAAUGCCACAAAUAUUCUCCGAUGUAGUAUUCAAGCCGUGGAUAAUAUCGAUACUGAAAGUGUCCGAUCAUUAACGUACACGGGUCCAAUAAAUUCACUAAGGACAGCUCAACGACCGCGAGAAGUUUUUUUAAAUGGUGAUUGUAUCGUUCUUCACGAAGGCUUGAUCAGUCAUAUUACUUCUGGAUGUACCAAUCUCAACGUGAACGUUAUCAUUCAUUAGUCACGUUUUCAUAAUUGGAAAAUAUCUACCACAGCAAUCGCUAAAUGAAACAAUAAGAUUAUUUGAAAUAUUAGAUAUUCAUAAUGUGAUGCACAUUAAUAACGAGGGAACGCUCGUUUACGAUAUUCCAUUAUUGUGAGAGAUACAACAAGAAUAUGAUUUAACAAGAACACCAUAUAGAAAUACUGUAUUGAUAUAAAAAAAUUAUAUAUACAUAUAUAUAUAUAUAUAUAUAUAUAUAUAUAUAUAUAUAUAUACAUAUAUAUGUAUAUAUAUAAAAGAUAAGAAUACAAAAUUGCUAUACGUAUCACAAGCUGGUCAUAGCAGGAGGACGGGCAUAUGCCUUAGGAAUAAAACCAUAUUUCCGAGUUUUGGGUGCAUACGCCCAAAGCCAACCAUCGACCGUUUGAUUUCCCAAAUCUGCAUAUAUCCAGUCGGCUCGUCUUACUGACAAAUCAUCUGGCGCCUGCGCCUUAUAAUCAUAAAGUACAACUAAUUCGGUGCCAGGAGUUUCUUCUCUGAAGUCUCGUAAACUUUUCUGUUGUAAUUGUUCACUUCCCGUUAUAUUUCCAUUACCAGUCUCUUUUAAAUAAAUAUUAUAUAAUUAGGAUUUUAAAGUAAUUUGAGCGAUCGAAAAAUAUGUGUUUUGCAUAAUAAUGAUUCGCUACUUUUAUACCUAGUAAUUUGUUUCUAUUGUAAUUUUAAUAAUAAAUAAAUAAAUAUAUAUAUAUAUAUACCAAAAUUUGUUAUUUAUAUAUAUAUAUAUAAAAGAUAAACCAACCUAAAGUAUGUGUUUCUGUAGAUGUUGUUGUCGUUGCGGCGGUACCUGUUGUCGCGUACGAAUGGAGUACGUGUCCUGGAUAAACAAAUCCAGAUGGUACAAAUCCUUCGUUACCAUCGCAAUGUCUAAGCACCCAAAACCAGUCAGGGUCAUCUCUAUUGAGGACUGUCACAAAUUCUCCUCUUUCCACGCUUACAUCAUUUUCAUCUCUUGCCACAAAUGUAUAUAACACAAUAUACCUUCCAGCUGAGGGAUCCUUAAAAUUAUAUUAAAAAUAUAUUAAAUUAAAAUUUAUAUACAGUCAAAUUAAUUUAAAUAAUUAUUUUAAAUUAAUAUUAUGAUCAGAUUAUUAUAAGGAUAUACCUUGAAAAAAGGAUGCACAUCUGGUUGAGAAGAUAUAGUUUGUAUAGAAUUUUGUGAUUGAGUAAUAUUAGAUCUAUUAACAUUUAUAUCUGCAGUUACAACAUUGCGAGUAUAACUUUCACAAUCUGAUGCUGAUCCUGUAUCAGUUUGUUGUGCAUCUAAUGCUUGAGAACGACCUGUACUUGAGAUAUCACCAUCACCCUCAUUAGAUCUAGGCAAUUUUUUUUUGACAUUAUUCAUAAGAGUAGCAAGAGUUAAUUCAGCUAACUGUGACGUAUAAGGUGCACAGUAAGAAUGUGGUACGAAUCCUUCCAUACGUGUGUCUGCUGCUAUUACAUAUACCCAGUCAUUUUCUCUAUAUAAUACAUUUACAACCUAAAUUGAAUGAAGAAAAAAAGUCAAAUAAAAUAUCAAAUAAAGUGAGUUAAAAUGGUUUAAAAUAUAAUAUAAAUUCUAACUUGUCCUCUUUUGACUUGGAGUUCAUCAUCAACGCAUGGAGUAAAGUCAUGAACUAUAACCAUUUUACUAUCCGGAGAAAGUCCAUUUUCUUUUUCUAUACCAACUCUUACUAAAGUUUCUAUACUGGCACUUCCUGUUAUACGACCAGGUGGUAAUGGGGCUCUGGUUCCUACGCCAAGUCCUGUACCUCCUGCACCAACGCAGUCCUUUUCCAAGUUAAAGUUAUGAAUUCCAGCUAUAUAAGAUAGUAAUACAAUAAAUUAAUAUCUGAGAAUAGAAUAGCAUUGACAAUUUUGAAUAAGAUAUUGAUAUAAAAUUAAUCUAAUUCACGGAUAUAAACUUAUUCUUAUACAUUAUUAAAUUAUCUCAGCUAUUGUUAAAUAUUAAAAUUAAUUGAUAUAUUAUAGAUCACACACUUAAAAUUUUUUAACAUUAUAUCUAUAUACAAGUUAGUUUUAGAAAUAUCUUGUUAAAUUCGUAAACAAUAAAUCCAAUGCAACAGGUGAAUACCAUUUUUUGUUACCUAAAGAUACGAUCGUCUAACUGUAAGACAUUUGUUCACCAAAAGAUAAAAGUUCCUUUUCUUAUCUUUACUCACGUUUCUUUUUUUUCCCUCGACGUAUGCGUACUGGACAUAAGAAAGCCAUCCCUCUAUGUUCAACCGCAGAACACGCAGAAAAUUACAUUUCCAAAUAACCGAUCGUUAAUUGCAUUGAGUUCAUGGAACCAGCAAUGCGAUCGGAUAGAGCAAAGCGGACAUUGAUCUCUUUCUCUUUUCUUCGAAUAUUAAUCCUUUUCGCAGAGUUCACUGGGAUAAAUAUUAAUGAGAUAAAGAAAUCAAAGUUAAUCUCUUUAUUAAUUUACUGACCGAAGGAAUACAUCGAACUGAAUGAAUUUUUAAAUGUUUAAUUAAAACAACAUUAAAGGUAGAAAUCGUGAGCGUGCAACGCGACACCUGCAAUUGCUUGACCUGUCCUCCUGGCUCUGUCCCACUCCCUGUCCUGUCUGUUCUGACCCCUUCUUCUGAUUUUCCUGAUGAAAUCCAUAAGUUGGUGGUAGUAUGUCCCACAGAUAGACGGCGCUUUAGAAUCACACGAGGUAGGAUCUAUGAUUGAUUUUUCUAAAUUGCUAAGCGUACUCUUUCAUUUUCUCUCUCUCUCUCUUUCUUCCACGAUAUUUUCCAAGUGCAUCUUUCACGAUUAAAGGAAGACAUAUUUUCUCUUGUUAAAAAAAAGAAAAAAAAAAACAAAGACAAAAACCAAAAAAAAAAGAACUUAUUUUUUGUAUUAUUCAAUUUUUUUCUUUUUUCGUCUUCUUUUACAAUUACACAUUAUUUUAUGUCUGCUACCAAUGAGAAUAUGAUACGAUAUGAUUACAAUAAGGACUCCAUUUUUAACAAAUUAUUAUAGUAAAUAAAUUAUUACGGUAACAGAGGAAGAAUUUCUUUGAUGUUAUCGAAAUUGUAUUUUAUUUUCUCAAGUAACACAAAAUUGGCGAAGAUAAGAAGAUUUUUUUCCUAUAACAGUUCUUUACGUUUUACAUUUAAAGAUCCGCAAUCGUAUGUUGACGCGUGUGUGUGCGUGUGUGUAUGUGUAUGAGUGUUUGUUUAUUAAAUUUGUUGUAUGCGUGUAUGUAGUGUACUUGUGUCACAUAUGUCGUGAUUUUGUCGAUCGAUAGAUCAAUUGUGUUUGCAUGCAUAUACACAUAUAUCCAUGUUGCACAUCCAUAUAUAUAUAUAUAUAUAUAUAUGGAUACAUAUAUAUAUAUAUAUAUAUAUAUAUACUGCAAACUGAUUUUCUCGUUAUGAUGCGUUCGACGGAAAUGCAUGAAAUGCGCAACACAUGUGAGUAAAGAUUUCGAUAAGUAUAUAUAAAAUCUUUCGAUUUGCGUCACCUUGUAAUAUUGUUGAUAACUUUAUCGGAAUACAAAUGUGAUAAGAGGGGCUGAUUCCUACACCACUAUAAUAACUCUUCCCCCGCAUUAAAGUGUUAUCAAAAUUCUUAUGGCUAUAAGGAUAUAAACUACUCAAAAGUGAUCUUUCAUUUUUGAGGUAUACAAAGUUCGAAUGAGAAGUAAAAUUUUGUACUUUUACUUUGCACUUUGUCGUGUAUCAUGACAUUCUUUGUUUCUUAAGAAUAUUAUUAUAUUUAAUGUGUCGUGAAGUGCUAUCAAUCUCUAAUCUAUUUAGUUACCCUUAUAGUUUGAAAAGAAAUGUAAUGCUUAUAUUAUAAAUCUGAUUCACUCUUUAUUGAGAAAAAUAAAUAAGUUAUAACCGAAGAAAAUAAACUAUUGACAAUUUCCUACUUGCAUUUACCUUGUCUUUACUUGAUUGCAUGUAAGAAAGAGAAUGUACAUAUUGAUUUAUAAAUUAGUAAAAUACAUAACUUAAAUUUUUAGUAAAUUAAAUCACUGGUAAUACAUUUAUAAGAUGCGUUAACCACACCCAGAGAUUUAUAUGGGGUCACGAUCAGUUAAAGUAUGUAGUAAAAAACUUAUCGUGUAGUCACAGACUGCUGCCAAUAAUAUGUAUGCACAUUAAGUAAUAACAAUUGCUUAUAUAUCGCAUAAAACAGAUAACAUUUCACAAUUAUACUACAUCACAUCGCUGUGAUAAAUGUGAAAAAUCUAAACUGUUUACAGUAUCGCAGUUUCUGUACUGUAAUACAUACUACAGUGCGUAAUUUGGCUACUAAUUAUUGCAUAGAAAGUUCACAUUGCAAAUACCUUAAUUUCUCUAUUCAAUAGUUUAUCUUCUUUAAUAUUAUAUACCUAUAAUAUAGAUCGCAACAAAUAGCUUAUACUUUAUGUUCUGAAUACUAUAUUAAACAUAUAACAACAACAAAGAUAAUAAUUUUCACGCAACUAUUAUCAUAAACAAUUUUUUCCAUAGACUUAGAGUUCAAUGAUCCUGAAUAAGAAGAAUGGAAUAUUAAUUCAAUAAACGAAAUACAUAGUACUCUCACUUAUACACGUUUCAUUUAAUACAAUGCACAAAUUUUAAUAAAAGCAAGCAUUAUAGAUAUUGCGUUUAUUUAUAAUAUAUUUCCAUUUGAAAUUAAAAUACACUUCAUGUCAUGGCAGUUACAUGAUUUAAUGAAACUGUUCAUAUACAUAAUCCUCAAAUGUAUUCAAAACCGAGUUGUAUAUAUGAUUUGUAUUAUGUAUUAUUCAUAUCAUACUCUAGGUAACUAUGAUAAACUGAGCGUGUAUGAAAAACGUAGACUAUUAUGUUUUUUUUUUUUUUUUUAUCAUAAAUGGGAUUCUUAUAAUAUUGUAAUAAUAUAAUGUGGCUUAUGUAUAAUAUAUGUAUAUUGACCAAAUGUUACAUAAGAUGCAGUAAUGAAUAUACCUAUUCUAUAUCAUCGAUUGUUAUGUAUAAUGUCACAUCAGAGUGCUUUGAAAAUCUAUCAUUCCUUUUCCACUACAUUGAAAAUAAGUGAGAUCUGUUUGAGUUACAUGAUUUGGAAAAAGUAAAUAUCUAAUGCUUUGUGAUCUAGAUGUAGCGCGUUGACAAUUAUUAUGUAUGUAAUUACAAAUACGAUAACAGUUAUGGAGAUAUACAAAAAAGAUUCUUGUAUUGUGAAUAUGUCGAUGUAAUUAAUCCCUAAUAUAUUAGAGCAUAGCAUUUUUAUGAGAGAUCUUCGGAGCAGUCUCCAAAGGAUUGUAUAUGCAUAGAUUGCAUAUUAAUAUUGGAAACUGUUUUGUUAUAUUACAUAAAUUUAAAUAUGUAAGAUUUGACAAGCCUAAUGAUAAUCGAUAGAUUAUAUAAUGUGUAUCCAGUGAUGGGAAGUAUAUGAACACAAGUACAUAAAAGAUAUUAUACCAAUGUAUAUUUCUUCAUUUGUACUUGUGUAUAAAUAUACAUUUGGUAAAUCGCGAUAUAAAAUGAAUCAAGUUGUUGUUCGCAUAUGUUUCGAUACACAUGCAUCGAUACAACGAUGUUUAUAUCGUUAAUGUAACUUUGUGUACUACUACAAAUUUUUUUUUAUGUAUUUAACAAACAGAUAAGAUCUAUAAUAUACGGCACGUAACGUAGAAUAAACUAGAUAACGUUAUAUGCGUGAAUGUGAAGGUGUGAAUUAUGUAAAAGUCUCCUACAUACAAUGUAUGUACAUGCAUAUCUAGAUAAUUUCCUAGUCUAAUAUCACCUAGGUACGUCUUUAAUCUAGUACCAUAUAUAUAUAUAUAUAUAUAUAUAUAUAUAUAUAUAUAUAUAUAUAUAUACUUCUACCUACAAACUUUAAAAAAAAGCAUCCCUCCCAUCACUGUAUAGAAUUUAUAUUAUAUAGUACAGUUUGGCUCAAUGAAUGGGACAUACCUUUCAUAAAGAUGGUUUUUUCUUUCUUUCUUACUUGUUUUUCUGUUUUUUUUUUUUUUUGUUUUUUUUUUU